AGCAGAUCAAAAACCCUGGACACAGGGCUAGCUGAUGCAAGUGAAAAUGGCAAACAGCAAAGAUGACAUAAUGUAUGGGACUUCACAAGCGAGGCUGAACGAGGAUGAAGCUGUGAGGGUUGCAUACAAGCAUGGGACGCCUCUUGAAGGAGGCAAAAUUGCUGAUUCUGAGCCUGUGGAUUUAUUUUCUAGUGCUCAUAUUAUUCCAAAGGCUCAAGCUCAGGCUCAUCAUGAUGUUCAUGAUGAAGAUUCUAAUCAGAACCAGUCCCAGAUAAAACAAGAUGAUCUUACUAGAAGAGAAGGUGGUCCAGAAUCUGCUGCUAGUAGUACUAAAUAGAAGGCUUUCCACUUUCUUUGUGCAUUUUUCUUUUCUCUUUUAUAUAUUCCGAAAUUCCUUCUGCUGCUGCAGGUUUUCUCUUUGUUAUGUGCUCGUUGUUGUAUCCUUUGAGUCGUAAGUUUUCUCCUUUCUUGUUUCCUUUCCUUGUGUGUAUUUGAGAGAGAGAUAGAAAGAAAGAGGCGACAAUUGGAAAGAAAUAUUGGACAAGAACUCAAAAUGAUUCUACUUCUAUAGACACAAAAGAAAGAGGGAA